AUGGCCCUAUCGGUCUUGGUCCCAUUACCCUUCGUCAUCGUUUCGACCAUCUUGCGGUUUUGGAUUCGUUCGAAGAGGAAGGCCUGGGGACCAGAUGACUGGGCUAUGCUCAUCAACUUGCCGGUCUGGACGGUGAGCACAGUUGCCACACUCGGUAUGGCUUGGAGUGGCGUUGGACAGUAUGAUGGCUCGUUGACCGCGUCUCAAUAUUCCAUGUCCUUGAAGUGGUUUUACGUCUUCCAAGAGCCAUGGUGCUUCACCCUCGUCGCGAUCAAGUGCAGCAUCGGAUUCGCCUUGAUCCGAAUUGCGAACCGCAAGAAAUGGAUCGAGAUGGUCAUCUACGCCUGCAUGAUAUCCUGUUUCGUCGUCAUGGGCGGGACGGGAAUGUAUCUCUUCUUCCAAUGUAGGCCAGUACAAAAGAACUGGUAUCCCACGAUGGAAGGUGAAUGCAAUGGGCGCAACAUCCAGACAGUACUGUCAUACGCCGUAGCCGUAGUGUCCAUCUCAACAGAUUGGAUCUUUGCGACGCUCCCCAUCUUUCUCCUCUGGGACGUCCAACUCGACUGGCGCGUAAAGAGCUCCGUAAUGGCCAUGCUCGGCCUGGGAAUCUUCGCAUCCAUCGCCCCCAUCGUCCGCCUCAAGUUCCUCAUCGGCCUGAACGACCCGACCCGACUUCUCCAGAACCUCGGCGAAAUCCUCGCUUGGGCUUGCGCAGAAAUGAACGUCGGCAUGUUCGUCGCUAACCUGCCCGCCUGCCGCCCUCUACUCACAAACUUCAUCUCGCAUUUCUCAUCCUGGUCUGGAAGCCACUCAAACCCUUCAGGCGGCUACUCGAAGAAGCAAAACCCUCGGGGUUCCAUCCGCGCCGGUCCAGGAUCAAAGCAAUGGAUGGAGCUUAACGAGCGACCUGAGAACCACUCGCAUUCGGGUAGCAAGCCCAAGAGUGUCGGUGUUGAAACAAAGAUCUAUGGCGAUCUGGAUGAGUACAGUAACACGAGCCUGGAACACGUUGAUGGCGACCAGAAGCGUGGUGGACAGCGGCCGAGCGGUGAUGGCUUGCAGGUCAGUGUACAAAAGGACUUCAGAGUGGAGAUUAGUGACAGGAAGCAGUUGACGGCGUUGCCUAGGGUGCCGUUGGAGACUGUUUGA